AUGGCUGCUCAACCCUCCUACUCCUUCAUUGCUAUUGCAUUGUUGCUUGCUGUCGCUUCUGCAACAUCUGCAUUAGAAUUCAGUUACGCUGGUACAAAUGGCCCUGCCAAGUGGGGAAGCUUGAACCUAAAAUUCUCUGCAUGCACGUCUGGAGAAACUCAGUCUCCUGUCAACAUUAUCAAGAAAGAGGCCGUGGAAAACAAAAAUUUGACACCCUUGACCAGGGAUUACAAACGUGCAAACGCUACUCUUGUUAACAAUGGCUUUAAUAUUGGGUUGAGCUAUGAAGGGAAUCCUGGAGUCCUGAUUGUAGAUCAUAAAAACUACACAUUGAAGGAAAUGCACUGGCAUUCUCCUUCCGAGCAUCAGAUUGACGGAAUCCAAUACGCCGCCGAGCUUCAUUUAGUCCACGCGAAAGAUUCUGGCUCUGUCGCUGUUGUGUCAAUACUCUACGAACUUGGUGAUGCUGAUCCAUUUAUCAAAAAGAUUAAAGACAAGCUGGAUGCUCUAGCAAAGGAGGUUUGUGCUGCUAAUGAAGAAGCCCGUAUUCCUGUUGGGUUCUUGGACAAUAAGCUCGUACGAAAAAAUACCCGCAAGUACUACAGAUACGUUGGUUCUUUCACCAGUCCUCCAUGCACUGAAAAUGUGAUCUGGAACAUUCUUGGCAAGGUGAGAACAAUAUCGAAGGAGCAGCUAGAAGCCCUGAGAGCUCCAUUGGGUAAUGAUUACAAGCAGAAUUCAAGGCCAGUGCAGUCGCUGAAUGGAAGAACGAUUGAACUGUAUAAUGAAUUCACCGACUAAAAUUAUUCCUACUGGAAACAAAUUUUUAUUUUCCUGUCAUACGAGCUUCUGUAUGCAAUAGUAUUGCUAAUUUACCGGCGUAGGUCAUUUCCAUGACAUCUCAGCUGUGUAUGCAGAUGUAGCUUC